UGCGCAUUGACACGUAUUGAAGACAGAGCGUUAAUCCUUGAUUCCUUGGUAGCCUGCGCAGUGCGGACCACCACACCCCAGACACGAAUUGCUAGGGUUUUGCAUUGUUGAUUAUAUAUAUCGUAGAAAGAGAGGAUGGCGGCUCCAGCUAGGGCUAGGGCGGAUUAUGAUUUUCUUAUAAAACUGCUUCUCAUUGGCGAUAGCGGUGUGGGGAAGAGUUGUUUGCUUCUGCGGUUCUCAGAUGGUUCCUUCACAACAAGUUUCAUUACCACAAUUGGUAUUGACUUUAAGAUAAGAACAAUUGAACUUGAUGGAAAGCGCAUCAAGUUGCAAAUUUGGGAUACUGCUGGUCAAGAGCGGUUCAGGACUAUCACUACAGCAUAUUAUCGAGGAGCCAUGGGUAUUCUGCUAGUGUAUGAUGUCACAGAUGAAUCAUCUUUCAACAACAUCAGGAACUGGAUCCGCAACAUAGAGCAACAUGCUUCUGAUAAUGUCAACAAGGUUUUGGUUGGGAACAAGGCUGAUAUGGAUGAAAGCAAAAGGGCUGUGCCAACCUCUAAGGGUCAAGCUCUUGCUGAUGAGUAUGGGAUCAAGUUCUUUGAAACUAGUGCAAAAACAAACAUGAAUGUGGAGGAGGUUUUCUUUUCAAUUGCAAGAGAUAUUAAGCACAGGCUCUCUGAAUCUGAUAACAAGGCUGAGCCGCAGGCAAUCAAGAUUAACCAAGGAGACCAGGGAGCUGCCGGCCAGCCAGCAGCAAAGUCAGCUUGCUGUGCCUAAUCAUAUGAGGCCAUUCAGAUGGGUAGUUCUAGCGCUUGGCUUAUAAAUUGAUUGCGAUGAAAUCUGGCUGUCCAUGCUUAAGCGCCCUUCCAUUCUUUUACCAUUUUAUGUGUGGAGAUUGUUGUGUCAAUUAUGUUGUCUGACUGUUUUGCUCAUUUCCUAGCUGCCCUUGCUUUUAUCAUUGGCAUUAUCCAUUGUUUUUAUGUAGAAAGAACAAAGAACAUGUAAUUCCAACAAUACAAUAUUUACUUCUUGUGUGUAAGAUAACAUGUUUACGAAUUUGGUGCUCUUAUAUCUGUAAAUAAAUUUUCCAGUGUUUUGAGUUA